AUGAAUUACGCCAUCUUUGGGAGGCUGUCUGUGAUUUGUCAAAGUGACGUUUAUUUAUUCUCUCUUUUCUCUCGCUCUUUCAUUUCAGGUACUUGCAAAGGAUGCAACUCUGCCAUUGGAAAACAAAUCAAAGGAGGCUAUCUGCUUCGAUAUAAAAAGCAAGUUUUGUGGAGUCGAUGGUCGGAGGAGUGGGUCGUCCUGUACGAUGACUCGACGAUGGCAUGGUUUACGGAACCGGGCCGCUCGUCCCCCGCCGGCAAGAUUCUCGUCAAGGAAGCGCCGGAAAUGCUCGCGAUAGCCCACUGGACGGGGCAGAUUCCGCGCCGGCCGCCGCUCCCAGACGGCGUCAGCGUGUCGCAGCUGAUUGCGCUCGGGUCACGGCGGAAACGCUCCAAGGUGUACUGGAUGAUCGCCAAGAGCGAGGAGGAAGUCAGCGACUGGAUAGCGGCCAUCACAAAAACGCUUCCACCACCGCCGCAGAUCGAGCUGGUCGUCGAUAAGCCACACCUAAUGGGCGUCUUGCGGAGGCCAAUCGUGCGGAUACGACCGGCCACCAGCUCGGAGGUGUCGGCCCGGCGAAAAAACCGCACCAGCAUCGAAAACAACACGACCAAGGUGCGGGGCGAGGCGGCGGUGGCCAUCAUCAAAAAGUCCACCCAGGAGAACUCGGAACCGAAGGGUUCGCUGGCCUGUGCGCUGCCCUGGGGCCACGGCUGGGGUUGGGCGACCCUGCCGAAUGGCAUCUGGAGCGGCGCACUGACCUGGUCCCAGUGCGAGGACUCGAUCACGCUGCACGCACUGCCGACGACGCACUGCACCAACCUGAUCGAGGCGCCGUGCGCCGGCGGAAUCUACCACACCGAAAUCAGCGGGUUCGACCUGCACCACGGCAUCGAGGACGUCGGCGGCGAGGACUUUGACUACGCGAUGGACUGCGGCGAUUUCAUCUUUUAAAUACUCUCACACACACAUUAACAAUGGCACACAACACGAACACACUAAUACACUGACACAUAUCCACGGCGAACUGCAAAUCGUGCAUGAAAAACAGUGGAGAAUUGUAACAA